AUGGGUCGCUCUCAGGAGCUCAGUGAAUUCAAGCGUGGUACCGUGAUAGGUUGCCACCUGUGCAAUAAGUCCAUCUAUGAAAUUUCCUUGCUACUAAAUAUUCCACUGACACCUGUUAGUGGUAUUAUAACAAAAUGGAAGCAAAUGGGAACAACAGCAACUCAGCCACGAAGUGCACAUUGCGCAGAAGUCGCCAACUGUCUGCAGAGUCACUAGCUAAAAACUUCUAAACUUUGUUGAAGGGAACUCUUAAGGCGUCAGCAUACCAAGACAUUUUGGACAAUUUCAUGCUCCCAACUUUGUGGGAACAGUUUUGGGAUGGCCCCUUC